CCAAGAUUAGGCAAGUCCAGUCUCCUGCUCAUGUAGUAGUUGGAUAUAUCUCUUCUCUGGGAUACAUACCUAAUCGGUUUUGAUCUUUUGUUGGAGAUUGUUCGGGUCCGGUCUUCGGCUUCUUCUUUUGUAUGUAACCAAACCGAAAUUGAAAUUGUACAUCUCUCUCUCUCUAACUGGUAUAUUGGAUAUUUUCCUCUAAUUCAUUAUUUCCAUUGACAAGAUUUUUCCCUUAAUAUGAACAAACAUAUUCCAUUUUAGCUUUAAAUCACAAAAAAAAGAGAUAAAUUUCUCAAAAGAAAUUAUAAGUAGACACCGCCCUUUUUAUAAACAACCCUAAAAGUAGUAAAAAUAAUAUCGAGACGAGACGGGUUUGUUUCUUCUCUCUAUCUCUAUAUCUACCAAAAUCCUUUGCCCCCCGAAUCUAGUUCUCUCGAUCGACCCUGUGACGAUGGCUAAUAACCAAGCAAGCCUUCUUCUGCAGAAACAGCUUAAAGAUCUGUGUAAGAAACCUGUUGAUGGUUUCUCUGCUGGCCUCGUUGAUGAGAAGAACGUUUUCCAAUGGAGCGUCUCUAUUAUGGGUCCUCCUGAUACUUUGUAUGAAGGUGGCUUUUUUAAUGCAAUUAUGUCGUUUCCGGAGAAUUAUCCAGUUUCACCACCAACUGUGACGUUUACCUCGGAGAUGUGGCAUCCUAAUGUUUAUUCUGAUGGAAAAGUUUGCAUUUCUAUUCUUCAUCCUCCUGGUGAUGAUCCUCAUGGAUACGAGCUUGCCUCUGAACGUUGGACCCCUGUCCAUACGGUAGAAAGCAUUGUGUUGAGUAUCAUAUCGAUGCUCUCAGGUCCCAACGAUGAGUCACCAGCGAAUGUGGAAGCUGCAAAGGAAUGGAGAGACAACAGAGCAGAGUUUAGGAAGAAAGUGAGUCGCUGUGUGAGAAGAUCGCAAGAGAUGCUAUGAACAUCUCUCCAGCGUUUUUUUCGUGUUGUAGAAAUAUCGAUUCUAAUCUUCUUAUGAGAAAGCCUAAGCAGAACCAACCAUCUUCAAGCAGCAGCCAGAUGAAUCUGACUUUGCAAAAGCUUCUCUUUCUUUUUCCUUUUUGGGUUUUGUUCUCUAAGGUUUGGUUUGGAAUAUUGGUGUGGAAUCAAAUCCGCUCCAUAUUUUAGGAUUAUAUUAUUGCACUCGUUAAUGGAUUCGUUUGAUCUGGCUUUUUAACUUUAUUCUGGUUUUGGGUUACAAAAUACUUGCCUCGUUAAUUAUCUCAAAUUUAACUGAUGGUGGUUUAACUGCAAAAGGCCAGAAGUUCGAAAAGAGUAUUGUUAUUCAGUUGGUAUGCAACAAAAAAUUGUG